ACUUCAUAACUCUGGAAUAAGACACUGGCAGCAGCAGCUACCCCCCAUCUCCGCAGAGACAACAGCAGCCAUCCACCCUACUACCACCCCGGCACUAUCAGGCGUCUCUCCAGGGUCUUCCACUAAACUGCAGGGAGUGAAGUUGGGAAGCACACCACUGGAGACACGUGUGUGUUUCCCAGGUUUCAGUUUUGGUCCAAUAUUCUUUGUUCCCUUCAGCCAGCUUGCAAAGUGAUCGGAAUGGAACUGCUUACAAAAUCGCCUGCUGAGCAGAUCAUCAUUCAAAAAGGGAAUGCUGGAGAAAGCAGCAGCCGAUCUCAAGAGCCAUCAACAUCCUCAUCUGAGGAAUCAAAAUAUGUGGAGAUUUAUGAUUUCCCUGGAGGGAGGGAAGAGAGUCCCCAGACUCUAAAACUGACUUUGGCAGGGAAUGGAAGUAAAGUAGCCUUUAUCAGACCUAAAAAUGGAUCUUAUGGGAUCAGUGAGGUAAACAGAUUGGCUAACAAUAUGCUGGCAGACAAAUCUGCAAGUGAAGCAUCCCAGGAUUAUAAAUCUAAAAUGGAAGGCACUUCUUGCCCCCUGGGGAUGAAGGCUGAUGAGGUGGUGGGAUGCAUUACUGGCACCAGCUCAAAAGGGGUUGAGAACACUUUGUCACCUAGCAUCUCCAACAUUCAGCUUUACACAAAUGGCUGCCCAGGAUCAUCCUCAUCCUCUUGUUCUUCACCAGUGCAAGAGACAGGCAGCUUUCCAAAAAUGGAUGACAUAGGAACAGAGGGAAAAACCUCCUCUUCUUCAUUUGGAUAUGAAAGCGAUGAGGACGAUGAUGCAGACUGCAAAGAAAUCUGUCUGAGUAACCAGAGAGGAGGGUGCAGGCAUGCUUCACAACUGAUGCACUCACAACAAAGCUACACCAGUGAAAACUGUAACAAUAAUGAUGAAGCACAUUAUAUUACAACCCAUGAAAUCCAGCUUAGCGAAGUGGACCAUGACAUGGAUUUUGAUUAUGGGUUAGCCUCUCGAUGGGAUUUCGAGGACAACAAUGUGAUUUAUUCCUUUGUGGAUUACGCUUCCUUUGGGAGUGAAGAGACUCUUGCAGACACCCAAACAGAAGAGGACAAUAGUUGUUAUCUCAGCACGACCACCAGUGAUCCCAAUAAUCAGACAGACAGUAUCGAUAAUACCAGCAGUACAGAGAUAGUCAGCAUUAAUUCUGAAAAUGAUACCCCUAGCACAGACAAAUGCGCCAGCUCGGAAGAAAAUCAGUCCAAGAACCUCAGCAACAUGAGUGAGAAUUCUGCAGGCCAGAUACUCCUAUCAAUCAAACCAACUUCCAGGGCUAUAAAUGAGCCUAGCAACCAGCACGAAAAGCAAAACAUUAUUUAUGCUGCCAAGCAUGAAGGCGACAUGAGCCUCUGUGUCUCCACAGCUCAUGAACGAAAUUCAAGUUUAAAACAAGAUGCGUUUCAUGACUAUGCAAAAAAAUUUAUUGCAGUUCCUGCACGUUUGCAAACAAGGUGUGGAGCCAUAAGAGCAAGAGAACUGGGAGGUUAUUCAAGUGGUGCCUCAAGUGUGGUAAGUGAGUUGGAUGAUGCAGAUAAAGAAGUAAGAAGCCUGACAGCAAGGGCAUUCCGGAGCUUAGCUUAUCCCUACUUUGAUACCUUGAAUUUGAGCUCCAGUGAAUCCUCCACAUCUCUUUCGGAUCAAACAUUAGGAAUCAACCGGUGGUCAACUUACUUGGAUUUAAAGUGUGGCAGCCUUGGGCAGAAAGCAGAACAGAAUCUUUUCAAAAGCAGCACCACAUCUGCAGGAUGGAACAAAAACAGUGGGACAAAGCCAUCCAGCGACCAGUUCUACAUUCACUCCAAUAAGUCACAGACUAAAGCAUUAGAGUUUGUUGUCAGCAAGCUUGAUGGGGAAAUAACACAUGUUGAAACACCCCCUUGCUUUGAAAAACGGAUCCAGUCAGGCUCCCGGGUUGUUACUUUGUUGGAGACUUUGAAUUUCAGCAGCAAUAUUAAUGCGGGUGUCCCCAGACCUCCUAAACCUUCCGAAAAUGCUGCUGCUAGAUCAAGUUGCACAGAUGAAGUUACAGAAACACUGCCAAAGGAGCUGGGCAAUGAAGCUUGCAAACAAACUGGGCUGGCUGCAGAAACCGUGGAAAGCACCCAGAAAAAAUCAAAAUUUGCAUCUAGCCUCCUCAAAAAUGUUAUCUCAAAGAAAAUGCAACUGGAACAUGAGUUCAAAAUGGAAAGGGGAGAGAUCUCAGACACUACAUAUUCUGGUAUGUCCAAUUCCUUAUCUUCUAAAGAGGUAGAUGGCAUCUCCAAAGAAAAGUUAAGGGAUGGGGGUUUGCAGAGACAGAAUUCUAGAUAUUCAGAAGGCAGCUCUGACUACACUAUUGUAACAGCAGAUGAUUUGGGGGAAUUUUUUGAUAGCAAGUCUCCUACCUCCAAGCCAUCUACUCCCUGGGAGGGAAAUGUUAGCCUGGAUCGAUCCCUUUCUGAAACUUUCUUAGAAGAGGCAUGUAAAAUAAAAGAGAGUGCUUCUGAAACUCUCAAGGCAACUUUUCUCCGUAGCCAGAAUAGUGCAUUUAGAACAUGGAAAGAAAAAGAAGCAGAGAAAAAGGAGGAAAAAGCUCCUGUGGGAAAACUGAAGAUUUUAUCCAAAGGUGACUGGAAGGCUGAUUUGGGAGAAUUCUCAGCCAGCAAAUCAACUAAAAUGUCUCGUCUCUUUGUCCCAAAUAUUCAACAAACAACCAAAGAAAAGCAAUCCAGCAUGCAAGUGGCAAAAUAUUCUACAGCAACCAGCGUAGCAGCUCAGACUGCCAUUGCAACCACAAUGAUAAAACCCAAACCUCCUGAAAUCAAAAUCAGCUUGGGCAGUGUGCAGCAGAACAAAGAUCACCCUUUCAAUAUUGCUAAGCUCCUCACACCUAAGUUAUCUGGAAGUGUCCCAAACUUUUUCAAGACUGUUGACGAAACCAGAGGCCAGCAGCAAAAGCAAUUCAAAGGGGAGAGCAUGGACAAAGUGCCUCAAUUUCUGGUACGUGAUGUAAGAGAAAAUAAACCAAAGGUCCAAGGGCCUAUCCAUCAGGUUAGAGAUGUCCGAAAACUCAUAAAGAGUAACUAUGGCCAUGAGUCAGGGGAUAACAGCAGUGACAGAGGCAGUGUCAACUCUGAUCAGGGAACCUCUGACCAGAAACCCAAACAGCUGGUAACAGCAGGCAUUCCCAGGUCUCUGUCUCCAAUGGUGAUAACUUGUCAGGCAGUAAGCAACAGCAAGGAGGACAAGAAGGCCGGCAAGACUUCUGAGAUGGGGGCCAAAGCGAGUAGUGGAGGCAAGAUGCUGCCUUCCAACCAAGACGGGACAAUCCUGGUGCACAGGACCUCAGGGAGGCUGCCUGUGGCCACCAUUGCUCCCAACAAAAGUGACCCUCGCCAGCCUGCUGUGCUGAAGAUAGUCUCCAAAACAUCUGUGCCAUGGAGACAACCACCACAACCACCACCGCAGCUUCAACCUACAGCAGUAGAGAAAAGCAGCAAGGUAGGGCCAUUGGUGAUUGCUGGGGAAGAAGAACUUCCACGGGAAGAAGUGGCCAAGGCAUCGGUCACAGUGAACCAUCAAGCACUGGAGAAACUUACAGCAGCAGUCCGCAGCAUGGAAGAGCUCUACAGCUUCCACAAGAAUGAGUGGAAGCGCAAGAGUGACCCGCUGCCCAUAACUGACAGCCAUGUCCUGUCCCUCAUUGCCAGCGAGGAACGGACCAUGGGAAUCAUGACCCGUGCCAGAGAAGAGUCAAUGGCAGGUGCCAAAUCAGAGGACCUGGAAGCAGGUCAGAGUGUUUGGUUAACAACCUCCCCCAGCAGCACUGCAAACAGGAGGACUGCUGCUGAGCACCAACCCCGGAGCAGGACUAUCAACUCAGCCAAGAAUAUAGAGAAGGUCUCAGCCAAGACAGCCGCCUUCGAAAAUUUGGCGCAGGUUCAAGAGCAGCCACGUGGGCCAGGCUUCCGUGGGGAGCCAGUCACCACAGGGGCUCGGGAAAGAGGCAGGGUCCCCGUGGUUCCCCGCACCUUCACCUUCAAGACCAAGCAGCAGUCUCAACAGCCAUCUUCGCCGCCGCCGCCACCAAGAGGCCUCAAAAGCCAGGCCGGGCCUCGCUCCAUCAAACUCUUUGGGGACAGGCAGGCAAGCCUUGUGGAACCCGACAAAAGGCCCAAGCCGGCAGUUCCCGACUGCGGGAACUACUUGGCCAUCCCUCUCAAGGCGUCCUCUGUGGAGCAACCGGGGACAGGCGCCUCAGCCUGCCGCUCGGGCCUAGUCUCUGCAGCCGCGGCUGCGGCCGCCCUAUACAGCCACCAGCCCUACAGCACGGGCAAGAACCAUGGGCAGGAACGGGCGGCCAAGCCACAGCAGUCCGGGGAGGCAGGGAGCAUCGGCCCCGCAGCCACAGCCGCCCCGCAGACUCAGAGUACCCCUCCUCAGCAGCAGCCUCAGGCGGUGCCCGCUGCCCAACAGCUCGAAGUGUCUCCUGCGCAAAUCUUCCCUCAGGCCUUGUCCCUGGCUGCGGCAGCAGCCGCCUUCUCAGGCGCUGCUCAGCCUGCUCCUCUGCUUUGCUUCUCGCCUCCCAUGCCGCCCGCGGCCGCCGAGCCCGCCAUGUUCCCGCCGCCUCAGACGCAGCGCAAGGUGUUGCUGGACCUGAGCACAGGCCAGUGCUAUGUGGUGGAUACGCCGGUGCAGCAGCCGCCUCAGAAGCGGCGCCUCUUCGACCCCGAGACCGGACAGUACGUGGAGGUGCCUUUGCCCGCCCAAGCUCCUCCACCGGCCGUGGCCCCCGUGACCCUCCCCGUGUCCUCGCUGGCUCUGGGCACGGCGGCGGGAACCUACGGCGCCCCAGCCACAGCUUACAUGAUCUACCCGGGCUUCUUGCCAGCCGUCUUGCCCGCCAGCGCCUUACAGGGCCAGCUCGCCCAGCAGCCGAGCGGAGAGCUCGCGUCUUCAUCCUCCUCCAGAAGUGCUGCUGCCAGCCCCGGGACAGACAGCCCUUACUACAUGCCCACGGGCAAAGCUAUGCAGCAGCCGUCGUCGCAGCAACAUCAACAAGGAACUCCAGGAGAGGGGAAGGCGCCGCUCAUCAGCAUCGCUUCGCAGCCGCUGGGGCCCAGGAUCAUCGCGCCACCUUCCUUCGACGGCACCACCAUGCGCUUCGUCGUGGAGCAUCGGUGACGGAGAUCCAGCCGAGGGAUGCUGCUGUAGGAUGCUGCUGGUGCGACGGGCACAAAGAACAAGAAUUUAUCUCCCUUAAUCUGAAAACAAUUUGGUAAUGCUAUGCUGCCCUUUAAGCUGCUUCUUUCUCUUUCUUAUGUGUUUCUCAUGCAUUGUUUUGUACAAAACAAAUGUUAACUGUUUUCAUGUUUGCAUAACACCCCCUCCCUGUUUUUUAAUUGUGCAUAAAUCUAAUUAUGCAGAUAUGGUGGGAUGAAUUGUGGUAUUGUUGUAAGGGUAUAUAUAGAUAUAUGUAAAAGCCAGGUAACGGCUAUGCCUGUUAACACAUAUGGCUAACUACGUGUUACAUGCAAAUGCUAUAAAGAAAUAUCAAGAGCCAUUUUUUAAAAACUAAAAGCAGCCUUGAGUGGGAAAACAACAGAGUGUGGGAAGAAACUUUGUUUGUACACCGCCCAGAGAGCUAUGCUAGUCGGGCGGUAUAAAAAUCUAACAAAUAAAUAAAUAAACCAAGUGCUUUGCCUCACAUAUCCCCCAGAACACACUGGGAGCCUUUUGGGGUGAAAAAUGGUUGACUGAGGAAGGGUUAAAUGCUUCUCCCCCGUGUUUCUUUUGUUAAAAGUGAUUGUAAGGGAUUUGUGUGUAACAUGUAGUUUUCCUUAAGGUUUAACCAUCCAUCUUGCAUGGAUCAACUCCAUGAAAAACAUAUAAGUAAAGGUGGCAUAAAGUCAUUUCAAAUUUAGUUCUAUUUCUUCAAAGGUACUCAGAGUUUGCAAGUAAUAGCCAAAUGCACACAUGUUAUACUUAAACUCGUUUCCGUUGAAGUCAGUUGUAAUCUUGGAAUAACCUUCAGUAGGAGCUGAAUUAGGACCUGGUGUACAUUGAAGGCAUGCACUUUGAUGAACUUAAUUCAAUGCCUCUAGGUUCUACUCUAGCUAAAGCCAGUUGUGUCAAUGUCGCAUUGAAAACAUAUUAAUUGCAUGACUAAGGCUGCAAGCUUGACACCUUACCUUGGAGCAAGCCCCACUGAAUUCAAUAGGAGUUACUUCUGAGUAUAUAUGAUAAUGUAACUUGUUCCUAAUAGUAUGUGAAGCCAAAUCUUAUGCAUGUUUACAUGGAAGCAAAUCACAUCAAGUUCAUGGAGCUUACUGCCAAAUGCAUGUGAAUAGGAUUACAAUCUUAGUUAAGAUUUAGCUGGAUUGGGGCCUAAAUCCAUAGAUUGUUUUUUCAAAUUAGGAUUGCCAGGUUCAGGGCCUGAGACUGAUCCUGUAUCUUUAGGAGAAGAGAAAGUCAGCCAAGUGUAGGUGUUCCUGCAACACUG